CGCCGCCGGCCCCAGUGCCCCCCGGACUCCACAACGGGACGACCGCGCCACCCUGCCGGCAUGCGUUGACCCUGACUUCCACAACAGCCGUCUACAUGGACAACUCCUGCCUUCUUGACCUCCUCAUCAGGUGCUUCGCUAUGACCGAGCCCGAGGACCUCAACUUCACCGCGUUCACUGACCUCUGUCGCCUCUGCUCGCUCAAGAGCGGACCCAGACUCCAUAUCUUCGAUAAGGAGUCAGAGCAAAGACAGAUCCUAUUCAAACUCAGGACUUGUCUGCCAACCAUGAUCUCGAAGGACGACUUCCUGCCGAAGAAGAUAUGCGAGCGUUGCGUGACCAGACUGGAACAGCUGUACGAGUGGCGACAGAGUUGUCUCAGCACGGACUCAGUGCUCAGAAACUACGCGGAGUCCAUGAGGAUCGUUACUUCCACUAUCAACUUCCAGGACGGAACAGUGAACAUGGAUAAAAUGACGGAAGCUCAAAAAACAGCAUAUCUUGAGGCUCAUGUAGCUGUACAACAACAUAUGGCUCAAGCGGCGGCGGCUGCCCGUCGGGAACAACAACAACAGCAACAACAACAACAACAACAGCAACAACAACAACAGCAGCAGCAACAACAGCAGCAGCAGCAACAACAACAGCAGCAACAGCAACAACAGCAGCAACAGCAACAACAGCAGCAGCAACAACAACAACAACAGCAGCAACAACAACAACAACAACAGGUACAACAACAAGUGCAGCAACAAGUAAGUUUUAAACUGCAAGUACAACAAGCGCAAGCACAACAACAGCAGCAACAACAACAACAGCAGCAGCAACAGCAACAACAACAACAGCAGCAACAUCAAACAAAUAACACAAACAAUGCGUCAAGACAUCACCAAGAAAUGCAACAAGCACAAAACAACAACGCGCACCAAGGCCACCCGUCGCCCCCCACCGUCAGUUCCACGCAACACCAUUAUGCGACCAUCACCUCCCCCAUCAAAGUGCCCCAAGUCAGCUCGAGCACGGGAGGGCCAGAUAGCACCUUCACGGUGCCAGACGACGUCGGGAUGGGAUUCGAAGGCGGUGUACGAGUUUUGCAGAGCCUUGGUAACUGGUCACCAGAUGUAACAAACAGUAUUCCAAGACCAAAUCUGAUACCAUUCACGGAACCCUAUGCAGAAGGUGGCUCAAUGCAUCCUGGAACACGACUAAAAGCUCUACAGGGCACUGUUGUGAGGAAACACCCUGCCAUGAAACCUACCAGUUCUACUAAUGAAGGAAGCAAAGCGUUUGAAUGCACUGUUUGCGGGAAAGGUUUAGCACGCAAAGACAAGUUGACUAUUCAUAUGAGGAUACACACAGGGGAGAAGCCCUAUGUUUGCGAAGUAUGCAACAAGGCAUUUGCCAGACGAGACAAGCUAGUGCUCCACAUGAACAAACUGAAGCACAUCACGCCGUCCAACAUCGCGCCGCUGGGCAAGAGAACGAUAUCCAUACCACGUGAGUUGCUUCUCAAAACUUUAAAACUAGACGACGUAAAGCCUCAACUAACAAAACAAGAAGACACGAAGCCAAGUCAAGCAGAAAUAGCGGCCGCGGCGCAGCAACAACAACAACAACAGCAGCAGCAGCAGCAACAACAACAACAACAGCAGCAGCAACAACAACAACAUUCACAUCAACAGUCGAUACAAGUGUGCCAAGUACCCGGACAUACUUUCACGAACACAAAUUUAGUCCACACAAGUGCAGCAUCUGCAGCUGUAGCCGCCGCCACCGCGGGUAUGGUGGUUUCAUGGUCUUGUGAACUUUGCGGGAGGUUAUUCGCGACCAGAGACGAAUGGAGUGCUCACGCCAAGUCACAUCUGCCCGACAACAAGUUGAUACAGGAUAAGAUGCAAGCUACACAGCAUCAGGUAGACAUCAGAGAGAUUUUGCAGCAGGAAAAAGUGCACCUAUCGAACCAAGAAAAGCUCCAACUGCUGCACCACCACAACCAGAACCAACAAAUACUAAACGGACAUGGAAUCGCCACAGCUUCAGUGUCCACUGCGACUGUUGUUAAUGAGAGUAAUGGUGGCGGGGGAUAUUUUACUACACAUGGACAUAAUACCCAUUACGCGCCUGAAAGACAACACACACACGCGCACCAUCUCUGUUUAAUGUGUAGACAAGAAUUCGCUGGCAAAGCUGAAUUCAUGUUCCAUGUUAGAGGACAUUUUGAAGGCAAAGUGAGUGAUAUUGCUGCGGCCGAUGCGCUCGCGCGAUCUCUAGUGGAUAACUCUGGCCUGUGCACCUGAGCCACGCCCACUCCUAUUGGUGCGUUUAACGACUGCGGCAAAGGCAUCUUUCAGGACGACACUAUAAUGCUAAAGUUCUAGACUGUUCAAAAUUUAAAAAAUAAAAGGAUAUUUUUGUCAAUUGGUGAUGUUUCGGUAAUAGGGAUGUUGACUAAUUAAGUACGUGUUCAGAAUUUAGUAAAGUUUACAACUAAUCAUGAAAAUAGUACUCCUACAGAGGAAAUUUAUAUCUAUAUGAAAUGCCGGUCAAUAAUCUAUGUACCUGGAACUGUACUAGGAACAUGUGAAGUCAUAUAUUAUGUUCAUAUCACGCUCUGUGUUUAAUUUAGAAUUUUAAACAUUUAUAUAUUUCCUUUUUUUGAAUAAUAAAUUCACGAAUGCCAAUUUGUGCUAUCAUAUUUCUCCAAUUAAUGUAUUCCAAUUGAAAUAAAAGAUUAUUAGUCAACAUCCGUAUUUAUGUGUUUCAUUUUUAAAAUUUUCUGAAUAUGUAAAUAAUUAUCGUACGAUUAAUUGAAUGUACAUGUGUAAAUGUCGUGUAUUAACUUAACAUAGUAAAAGCUAGAUAUUGUGUAUAAAUGUAAAAAUGUAUAGGUUAAAAAAAACGUUUAAUAGAAUCCUAUAACGCCGCUUUAUUUAUUAAUUAGACUUAAAAUCUAGUCAUAACGAGGAUGGGUGAAAUCUAGUCAUUUGGUAACAUAACUAGUCUUAAUAAGAGUUAGUCAACUUAAAAUAUAACUUGUGAACUUGAUAAAAAGGUUCUUUUCUGGGUUUAGUUUUGGAAAAUGUCAUUAUUCUUCUUGGUAUUUUAUUUACACUAUGUUAAUGUAAUUAUAUCAUUUGUACACCAAAUUUUUAUAGGUUUCUAUUGACCAUGACCAUAAUGUUAAAAUUCAUUAAUAUUAAUGUUAAUAUUACUAUUAAUUAAUAUUAAUAUUAAAAUCCGUAGCUUACCCAGAAUUUAGUACUGACAGUUUUUUGACGGUAUGCUUUGUAUAUGUAUUUAUUUUUGCCAAACUACAGAUAUAUAUAUAUAUAUUUUAAUUUAUUUAAUGUUAAAUGUAGAAAAUACAGUGAAAUGAAUUGGUAGGUUUGUAAACCGUAAUUUUAUACAUUUACGUAUGGUAUUUGAGGAUAAUAUGACCACGUUUUGAUAUGUCUACGUUAGGUUAAUAUCAGAGGGAUUAAAGGAGAUUUACAUUUAUUUAUUCGUCAUCUUACUAUGUACACGCUGUACCGACCCCGCAUAAAGUGUGUUAAGGUUAGGCGAAGAUGUUUCCAUUUUUUAUUCUUGUCACACGCGAUAUAAACUUAAAUGUUAUGUAUAUUGGAUUGAUUUGCCUUUGGCCUGCCUAAAACGGGACGUAUGGUCACAUUAUUCGUGUCCGAAUUUCAAUCAUGGACGAAUUUUAUACAUGCUUCGUAAUUAAUGCGAUUAUGUUUAAAAUGUCCAGUUUUCACUGUAAGCAUAAACAUUGUAAUAGAGAUAGUACUUAAUACAAUAUUCUUCAUUAAAAUAAGCAUUGAAAAAAAUUGCGCAUAGCGCUAUGUCCGCUGCAACGUUGGAUGUAGUGUAGGUUUAGGGUGGUCUAAAUUUUAUCCACAUUUAGUUAUAUCGCUUCGACGCUUAUACAUAUAUAUUUAAUUCUAGACUUUCAAAUAUUGCAAAAAUAUUGCAUAAAUCUCCUUCAUAUUCCUUCAUAAUAGCUAUAGUAUCACUUUUUGACGAACCCCUUACCGUGGUGGUCACGUCCGCCGCUGUAUGUUUCCAUUUCACUUCUCACCAUCGAAUCGAUUCGAAGUGAGACGCAGCGAACCAAUCACAUUGCAGUGUGGUUGUCGUUGGGUCAUAAUGGCGUGAUUGGUUCAUAAAUUGAAAUGCAAACCCAUCUAACCCAUCUGGAGGUCAUAGGUUCGAUCAGGCGCGGGCAAUACUUACAUUACUGUCUGUCCAUUUUGUAUUGGUGUUAAUGCUUCAUUGUCCGUUAAAAAUAUAGGUAUUCAAAACCUUUGAUUAAAUGUGGAUAAGAAAUAGAAUUGUGUUUGUUGUUAAGGCGAAAAGGGGGACUUACUCUAUUGCAGACAGACACUACCAUAUACAGCACUGUGCCAACUUAAACUUCAUGACACAUUAGACUUACAAUCAAAAACAAUAAAGAUAAAUGACAAACGCUCAACCGACAGCCGUUGUCUUAAAGUGAUGACACAGCGACGCGCGAUCGCAUCACCGUGACUCGUCACCGUCAGUUUGAUAGCAAAGUUCUUAUUACAUUUUACUAGAUAUACCCGCAACUUCAUUUGCGUGCGCAUCAAAAUUAGUAUUCCCCUUCAAUGUUAUAUUUACCGCAAUGUUAUAUGACCGCGUUAUUCUUCUAGGAUUACAAGUCAUCUAGAUAGGACAUUAAUGGUAAAGGUGGCACGGUACGUAACUUCGUAGGUCGUCGCAAUUCAGAGUAAGGCCCCAGAGCACGAUCGAAGUUACAAAAUUGAAUAGUAAUAGGCAAAGAAUAAAUUGAGACAAAAUAAUCUCUUUAUUCUGUGGGAUAAGUUCGUAAUUCGUAUAGCAGUGCCUCGCACUAAAUAGGUGGGACAUUAAAUGCAAUAGUAGAAUAUGAAAUAAACUACUAUUAUAGUAGAAUAUACUGUAGCGUAAGAGACUUUGUUAGUACAUAAAAAUGGUUGUAUUUGUAACGGCAGUCGACCCAUGCUCCUUUGUGUCAGUGAUUAAAACUAAGUACAUGUAAGAAUGGGUUAAAAAUAAAAAAAUUAGGUAAUAUCAAUUUAUAAUAGUUUUCAAGAAGUUUUCUGGUUAAAUGUUUAUGCACACCAUAGGAAUCUUUUAUUGGCGAUUAUUUUUUUAAUUUAUGACAAAAAUAUUUUGAAAAGUUAGUAAGUAGUUAAGGUAAGAUUUUUUUGUGAGGCAGUAAUGGAAAUAGUGAUAAUAAGCAACAUUAGUUUAAAAUUACGUAGAUUUUUUUACAUUUUUAUAGAACAAUGGACCAUGCCACUAAGUAUUUUAAGAUUGAAUAGCUCUAAUCAAAAUAUUUGUACACAAUUUCAACAAUGCAAGUUAUUGAUGUGUGACAUCUUUCCUCUCAGUUUGAUUUAGAAAAAAAGGUAUAAAUGUCUAACAUAAAGUGUAUAAUAAAUGCGAUGGCUCAUUACCAGGGUGUCGAAAGAUGUUACACUUCAUGCAAUAAGCAAACUGUAAUUAAUAAUGAGUUUCCAUUCCACCCAAUAUCUUCCCAAAAAGUUCUUCGCCAACUUAUUAUACUCUAUUAAGAUGGAUAGCCGUUUUAGAAUUAAAGCGACGUGCGUUUGAUAUCUACAUCUCACUGUCGAGUCGAUUCGCAGUGAGACGCAGCUAACCAAUCACAGUGCGCGAUUGUGACGCAACGACAACCACAACCAAUGUGAUUAGUUCGCUGCAUUUCACUUCGAAUCAAUUAGAUUGUGAGAGAGAAGUGAAAUACAAUACCCGCACAUCGCAUUCUGCAAAAAUAUUGGUCUUAAACCCCUUUUCAAAUUGUAAGGCACACUUUUUAUAUUUUUUGUAAAUUUUCCAAUGAAUUAGGUAUGCACUAUACUCAGUAUGUCCUUGUCAUACUUAUUGGCGUAAGUACUCGAAAUAAUUGUACAAAUUCGAUAAACUCUUUACACGAUUGGCUUUCAUAGUGAUCUCAUAAAUAGUCAACGUUUUUUAGAAAUUACAAUAGCAUUAAUGUGAAUACAAAUUUAGCUGUAAUUAUAUAGUUAAGUAGGUAAUUUAAAAGACUCUAAUCUAUUUUUCUCGGAAGAUCUCCAAACAAAAAUGUUGUUUCGCUUAAAUACUUACUGAUAAAAUUCUCGUAAAAUACGAUAGUCAUUGCUAGAUUGCGGUAGUUAAUAUGGGACUAGACACUCUUGGGUCGACCAUGGAUAGAAACCAGAAUAUUUUAUCAACUAGUAAUUUAAAAAAAACAUAUUAGUAUCAGACUUAAAAAAAAAACAAUGUGUGGGCGUUUUGGCCUAGGCCGGGCGACGGUGUCAAUGGACAGAUCAAAAAAAGUAUACUAGCUUUUAUUAACAAUUGCGGUCUUCAUAUUCAGGACUGGACACCCUCAACCCUCUGUAGGAAAGCUUUUGCCAAUUACCUGUCUUUCAGCUUUAUGUCCUUAAUCGCGUCGUACGAAAUCCACGGUAUUAUUGUAGGGCGGAAACCACACACCUCGCCAAGGUCAUAAAAUCACAGUGUUGCUGUAUUAAAUUUAAUAUCAAUUAUAUAUCUAAAAUACAUCUAGUCUAAACUUACAUAAAAUAUGUAAGUAAUAUAACUAUAUAACGUUGAUAUGUGUGUAUAUAUGUAUUGAGUAAAUAAAUGAUGACGAUGUACAAUGCGCAUGAAUACUUAACUCCUAAGUAUUUCAAUAAUAAGUUAUUUAGUUAGUCCAAUCCGCGAGUCGAUUAUUAAGUUAAAUAUAUCCAGAAAUUAGUAGAAAUAUAACCUUAAACAUUCAUAAAACAAGUUAAAGCAUACUUUAAACUAAAGAAUGUUUUGUCACUGUCGCACUUCAUAAUUUUUAAAAUUGACAGAGACAAAGGAGACAAAGUAGGUAUUAUUAAGCUCAAAUUAUAAUUUAACUUUUUUAUGAAUAACGAGGUAAAUAUUUAUAGACUGGCUGACUUUUUCAACGCCCUAGCCAAUUUUUUGUCAAUACGACCAAAAAGGAUCACAACUUCCAAAUAAGUAUUGUAUAAAAUGGGACGUACCACAGCAGAUUUUCGAAGAAAUCCAUGUCAAAAAAUUACUAUUUUCCCCUCUCAAAAGCCUAUACAGGUACACAAAAUGGCCAACUUGAAAAAAAAAUCAGAUGUUCUCCAUAUUAUUCCAAUCAGAUAAUUUGGAUUGCUGUGCAUACUUUUCCAAUUCAAUCAGAUGAUUAGAUUGGAAUAAGAAUGGAAAAAUGUGGAAAGCCUAAUUUUUUUCUAAAUCUGUUUAUGUAUAUCGUUUUAAAAGUUGUAUUCUAUAUAGAGAAUAUUUGGUGGCGGUAUUAAAAAAAGAAAAUAUUUCCCAAAAAUUUCACGUAGCAAGUGAAACCGGGCUGCGCAACUAGUUGGUAAUUACCGGUAUAUUUUAUGGCAUUACAGAGUAUUACGUAUUGGACGUUUAACUGUGAUUAUAUUUAUUUAAUUUUGUAUUUUUUUUAUAAUGUCUACAUGUAAAUAUAAAAGCCAUUGAAACGAUGUAACUUUAGGAGCAAUAAAUGUGUCGCAUAUCGAAUUCCUUGUCGUGUAAUUUGUAUAAAUUGAGACGCAUGUAAAAUAUUAUAUAUUGUAAAGUAGAAAGAGUUUGGAAAUUAAAUUAUA